AUGCAACGUGCGGGCGCAGAUGCGGCGCCUGUCCCAUCUGAGAACAUUCCAAGCCUCAGGACAGCCUACAUUAUCUUGGCGUCUGCGUUCGCAUUUCUCGUAAUCGGGGGCUACGCAACUUUCUUCAGCACGUUCCAUCCCGCCACCGGCAUCUGGAUUUUGGACACCCUCGCAGGGGAUACCCAUUACAAAUACUUCAUCGUCUUACUCGUGCCCACGACGUCAUACUUUGCCAUAGCAAACUGGGUAGGAUGGCAAUACUAUCGCAACUCGUAG